AUGGCGGAUCAGGAGAAGAAGGGAGACACGCUGGUGCAGCAAGCCGAUAAGAAGCUUAAGGGAUGGGCCUUUUUUGGCGGGAAAUACGACGAGGCUGCAGAGCUAUUGGAGAAAGCCGCCACGUCGUACAAGGUCGCUAAAGCGUGGGACAAAGCGGCGGACGUAUACUGCCGACUCUCAGAGAUCCAGCUCAAGCACCUGGAUAGCUCGCACGAGGCGGCGUCUGCGCUCAUAGAGGCCAGCAACGCGCUCAAGAAGACCAGACCCGCCGUGGCGAAGGAGCGGCUGAAGGAGGCCAUAGACCUGUUCAUUGACAACGGCAGGCUCAGCAUGGCAGCGCGCCACUGCAAGGACCUGGCGGAGAUGUAUGAGAAGGAGGAGGACGCGGCGAACGCGGUGAUCUGGUUUGGCCGCGCUGCUGACUUCUAUCAGACGGAGAACGCCAACACGAGCGUCAACCAGAUGAAGCUCAAGGUCGCCGAGUACUCUGCCCUCAAUGCUGACUACGCGGAGGCGAUAGAGAUCUAUGAGCAGGUGGCGAAGGACUCGCUGAGCAGCAACCUGCUCAAGUACAGCGUCAAGAACUACCUCCUCAACGCCGGCAUCUGCCAGCUCUGCCGCGCCGACACCGUUGCUGUUAACAACGCACUCGACAAGUACCAGGAGAUGGACCCCACUUUCUCAGACACGAGGGAGUUCAAACUGCUAUCAAGCCUAGCGCAGGCAGCGGAGGAAGGGGAUGCGGAAGCGUUUACAGAUGCCAUCAAGGAGUUUGACAACAUCACUCGCCUGGACUCCUGGAAGACAACACUGCUACUUCGAGCAAAAAAAUCAAGCUUUUCUCUCCGCGGAAUCACCUCCGCGCGACCGCGCGUCAGUCCGCCCGCCACCACGGCGUCUUCCGCGCUCUCCGCGGCAGCAGCAGGGGCCCGUGUGGCCUCUACUGCCCCUGCUGCCACUGCUGCCUCUGCUUCAACUUUCAGGCUUUCUUUCCGCGAUGGAGCUGCUACUAGUACUGUCUGCAGCGCGAACGCGAGUGUUAGUGCUAGCUUGACGAGUUCGACGCUUUCGGCGAGUUCCACGAGAUUGCUGCAUCGAGGGGAGUUCUUGAUCGGGCGACGACUGGCCAUGGCGAGUGCAGCUGUUGUUCCAACGGGAGGCGCGCAGGAGGAGGCAGGGUUAGGGAAAGGAGAAGAGACAACACACGCUGUUCCAGUGCAAGCAACGGCGAUCCAUGACACCCACAAGAUCCACGUGGCAUCACCGGACGACGCGGCGCAUCGCCCGGCGGUGCCCGUGCGGUCGCACGACAUGCUCGCGCCGUUCACCGCGGCGCACCAAUUCACCGACGCGCACCCGCUCGUUAUAGUCAAGUCCGAGGGCGUGUACAUCUGGGACAGCGACGGGCGGCGGUAUUUGGACGGACUCGCGGGCCUGUGGAGCACGGCGCUGGGCGGCAACGAGCAGCGGCUGAUCGACGCGGCGGACGCGCAGAUGAAGAAGCUUCCGUUCUACCACUCGUUCUGGAAUCGCGCCACGGAGCCCGCCAUGGAGCUCGCUAAGGAGCUGACGGGCAUGUUCACGGCGGAGCGCAUGGGGCAGGUGUUCUUCACCAACAGCGGCUCCGAUGCCAACGACACGCAGGUGAAGCUGGUGUGGUACUACAACAACGCGCUGGGGCGGCCGAACAAGAAGAAGUUCAUUGCUCGCGACAAGGCGUACCACGGCUCCACCCUCGUCUCCGCCAGCCUCACGGGGCUCUCCCCGCUGCACAAGAGCUUCGAUCUGCCAGUGGACUUUGUACUCCAUACAGACUGCCCGCAUUACUGGCGCUACGGCCGCCCGGGCGAGAGCGAGCAGGAGUACAGCACACGCCUGGCAGACAGCCUAGAAGCUCUCAUAGAGCGCGAGGGCGCUGAUACCAUCGCAGCCUUUAUCGCCGAGCCGGUCAUGGGCGCCGGGGGCGUCAUCCCGCCGCCCGCGGGUUACUUCGAGAAAGUCCAGGCCAUUCUGCGCAAGCACGACAUCCUCUUUAUCGUGGACGAGGUGGUGUGCGGCUUCGGCCGCCUCGGCACCAUGUUCGGCAGCGACCUCUACAACUUACAGCCGGACCUUGUGACUCUCGCCAAAGCCCUUUCCUCUGCCUACAUGCCGAUCGGCGCGGUGAUGAUCAGCCAUAGGAUCGUGCACGAGGUGGCGGCGCAUAGUAAUAAGAUGGGGAGCUUUGCGCACGGGUUCACGUACUCGGGGCACCCUGUGGCGUGUGCUGUGGCGCUGGAGGCGGUGAGGAUGUAUCAGGAGAUGGAUGUGGCUGCCGUUGUGCAGGCCGCUGAGCCGCUCUUUCAGGGAGGCAUACGGCACAUCUGCCGCAACAGCCCCAUAGUGGGGGAGGUGCGCGGGCAGGGGCUCAUACUCGCUAUAGAGCUAGCAGACCCCGCCACCAAGGAGCCCUUCCCGUCCGCGUGGGCGGUGGGGCCCUUCUUUGGGCAGUGUGCGGCGGCGCAUGGGCUCAUCGUGCGCACCAUUGGAGAUGUCAUUGCUAUGUCGCCUGCUCUCAUCAUUUCUCCCGGGGAGAUUCAGGAGCUCUUGUCUGUCAUCCGCCUUGCGCUCAAGGAGACAGAGGCCUACGUGCAAUCCAAACUGGACAUGGUCUGA